GGCUGAGGCCAAAAAGGAUUUCCGAGCUUGUGGCCUGCGUUCAGUUUGUAACGGUAUUCCACGCGCCACGGACGCCCGAUUAACGGACCGCGACCACCCCAGAGAGAGCAAUUCAAGACGCGGAUUUUGCACAAUGGAAAUAUGAGGAGCGGCGCAAUCAGCAACAGCGAAAUGAAUAAAUUACGCGAAAAUAAAAUCAAUUUGCAUUAAGAGCUGGAGACGAGCGACUAGCCAACGUCAGGCGUCAGACGUCAGACUUCUUGGACCCCUAAAGACCCCUGAAGACCCCUCGAUAGCCCCUAUAGCCCUGAACCACUAUAGCACUAUAGCACUACACCACUAUACCAUCUCUCAUCCACCGACUGACAGCCAUUUGGAGGACGAACAAGGCGCUGGCAGUGGCACUGGCACUGGCACUGGCUCAUCAGCUGGCUGGCGGGCAAAUUAUAUUACCUUGUCAGGCGAGUGACAUAAGGCGGACCUCGCCCAAACCCAUGUGUGGAUCCCAGUAAGGUGGCAGGUGACGAAGGAGGACGAGGAGGAGGAGGAGGAGGAGGAGGAGACACUGGGGUCACGUCUUGGGUUACUAAGUCCACCGGAAUGUUACGCAGCUGCGUGUGCCUGCGCACCGACGAUGACGGGAAGCGGCGCAGUUCCUCCGUGGAAGACGCCUCCUCGUGCCGCUCGUCGGAAAUAGAGCGCGUGGGCGCCAGCAUGCAGACGCUGGGUCCCAACGGCCAGCCGCAGUCAUCCGCCGCGCAGACGAGCACCAGGGCCUCCAGUCUGCUGCAGCUCUUCCAGCGGCGAGGUUGGUGCAAGCACUUCCGCAAGCCGCUCCGGGGCAUGAGCGCCUCCCGGGCCGAAAAGACCAUCCGAGCGGCAAUAUUCAUCCAGAAAUGGUAUCGCAGGCAUCAGGCCCGUCGCGAAAUGCAGAGGCGUUGCAAUUGGCAGAUCUUCCAGAACCUGGAGUACGCCAGCGAACAGGACCAGGCUGAGCUAUACAAAUUCUUCAAUGACCUCAUUAAGCACAUGCCCCAGGCGGCGGGCAGGAAGAACCAGUAUCAAGGAUCGGCUCACGUUUCCGUUUUGGAAGAAAAAGACGACCUCGUUGAAGAGUUUGGGGAUAUUGUGAAUGCCAAAAUUGAGUUGCCAAUACGAAAAAACCAUAUCGAUCUAUUAAUUGACGUCUUCCGCAAGAAAAGGGGAAACCGUUUGCAUCCAAAAUAUGUGGCGCUUAUUCUCCGGGAGGCAGCCAAAUCCCUCAAGCAGCUUCCCAAUAUUUCCCCAGUGUCCACGGCUGUUUCCCAACAGGUUACUGUCUGUGGUGAUCUUCACGGAAAAUUGGAUGAUCUUCUUGUGGUGCUCCAUAAGAACGGUCUUCCUUCAUCUUCCAAUCCUUACGUGUUCAAUGGCGACUUUGUGGACAGGGGCAAACGGGGCUUGGAGGUCCUGCUGUUGCUGCUAUCCCUGUACUUGGCCUUCCCCCAGGCGGUUUUCCUCAAUCGGGGCAACCACGAAGACAGCGUCAUGAACGCCCGCUAUGGAUUCAUUCGGGAGGUGGAAAGCAAGUACCCUCGGAAUCACAAGCGCAUUCUGGCCUUCAUCGACGAGGUCUACAGGUGGCUUCCCCUUGGAUCCAUUCUCAAUAGCCGAGUACUAAUCGUCCAUGGAGGUUUCUCGGACAGCACAAGUCUGGAUCUUAUCAAAAGUAUUGACCGGGGCAAGUAUGUGUCCAUAUUGCGGCCACCACUUACUGAUGGCGAGCCACUAGAUAAAACCGAGUGGCAGCAGAUCUUCGACAUUAUGUGGAGUGAUCCGCAGGCCACAAUGGGCUGUGUUCCCAACACAUUGCGAGGAGCUGGUGUUUGGUUUGGACCAGACGUAACCGACAACUUCCUCCAGCGCCAUCGACUCAGCUACGUCAUUCGAUCCCACGAAUGCAAGCCCAAUGGUCAUGAGUUUAUGCACGACAACAAGAUUAUCACAAUUUUCUCGGCCUCGAACUAUUAUGCCAUUGGAUCCAACAAGGGGGCCUAUAUCCGCCUGAACAACCAGCUGAUGCCCCAUUUCGUGCAGUAUAUAUCGGCGGCAUCGCAGACGAAGCGUUUGUCCUUCAAGCAACGCAUGGGCAUUGUGGAAAGUUCGGCACUAAAGGAGCUCGCGGUGCGUAUGCGUGAUCACCGGGACGAGCUGGAGGACGAGUUCAGGAGGUGCGAUCCGAAGGACAGUGGCUACAUAUCCAUUUCGAAUUGGUGCCUGGUAAUGGAGAAGGUCACCAAGCUCGGUCUGCCCUGGCGACUUCUUCGCGACAAACUGGCCCCGGGAACAGACAGCCAGAAGGUUAAUUACAACAGGACCCUGGAUCUUCUAGACACGGAUGUAAUUCUCGAAGCUGAGGCCGAUGGCAUGUCAGUAAUGGACGCAUUAUAUGCCAACAAGGCUAGCUUAGUGGCUAUAUUUAAUAUAAUUGACGCAGAUAAUUCUGGUGAAAUUACCUUGGAUGAGUUCGAAACUGCGAUUGAUUUGCUGGUGGCACACAUGCCAGGUGCCUAUUCCAAGGCAGAGAUGCUGGAGAAGUGCCGAAUGAUGGACCUCAACGGAGAUGGCAAAGUGGAUCUGAACGAGUUUCUGGAGGCGUUCAGGCUGAGUGAUUUGCACAGAAAGGAGCAGCAGGACGAGAACAUUAGGAGGCGUUCAACUGGACGACCGGCCGUAGCCAAAACAGCAUCAGAUCCCGUCACCAUGCUGGCCGAUAAGAUCUCGAAGAAUACGCUGGUUGUGGAGCACGACAUCGAUCCCACGGAUUGCGAGGCUAAAGUUAUUGAUCCUAAGAAAUCAUAAGCGAUAUUCAGAAGUGACUAACAUAAUUCUGGUUUUGGCAAAGUCAUGGCGCAUUUAUCUCACCUUUAUUUUUAAACUCAUUAAUUAAUUACGAGCCAUGUAUUGCAAAGAAAUGUUAACAUUAAUGUUUAGCUUAUAAACCCAGACAAAAUCGAGUUGAACUUACCAAAGUUUUUAAACAUAUUAAGAGGCAAAAAAGAUAAAUAUUGAGAUCUCUGUGAAAGCAAAAGUACAGACUGCUAUAGUCACAACAUUUUUAGCAAGUCUAACGGCCAUUCCCUGACGCUUUUGAUUUAAAAGAUGUAUGAUUGUAAUAACCUGUUAUGCACUCCUCUGUAAGCUAUAUUCAAGUUGUAUUAAUAAAAUAAUCAAAAAUGUUAUGAAAAGCUAGAGUUAAGCUAAGGAAUGUUAUCUCAAAUUUAUACAACCAGAUAUCAGACGCUUUAUAUGAAAAAAAACAACAUAUAUAUUAAUUGUUUAUCUAACUAAAAAAGUUUAAGCCCAAGGGAUCAACAUUAAA